AUAACUAUCGAUGCAAUUCAGUCUUUAUAUCAAAUGCAAAACAUUUUGCUAUGUGUAGCGAAACCUUUGAUAGGAUCCCCUUUUGCACCACUUAUCUUUAAUGAUAUAUCUAUUCAUAAUCCGUCAAAUGGAGAGUUUGCUG